AUGAACGUUAAAUAUGAUUUAGCAGGAUAUCCAACUAAAGAUACAAUAAAAAUGCUGACGUUUCUGUUAGAAGAAGUUAUUCAAACAAACGAUAGUUUUCAACCACAAGGUUCGGAGAGAAGGAAAAGUAUUACACAUUCUUCCUUUACUUGUUUCCAAGCACGGUCAAUACCAAGCAUAUCCAUUUAUGCUUAUCUUACGCGUAUAUUAAAAUAUUGCCCAUGUGCCAACGAAUGUUUCUUAGCUCUACUUGUCUAUUUUGAUCGGAUGGCAAAGACAUCGAGUACGCGUACCAACGGUCUACGUAUUGAUUCUUUCAACGUUCAUCGUUUAAUAAUAUCGGGUGUCAUGGUUGCCAGCAAAUUAUUCUCAGACGUCUUUUUUACAAAUACACGUUAUGCAAAGGUGGGUGGUUUACCAGUGUCCGAACUAAACAUACUCGAGUUGGAGUUUCUGUCUUUAAACGAUUUCGCAUUGUUUGUUUCGUUGGAAGAAUUACAACAUUACGGCGACCAGUUAUUAAAUCGGUGGAGAAAAGAACAUGAAACAGAAGGAGACAUGAUACAACAAACAACCGUCGAAGAAGAGCUAGCAGGUCCUAUCAGAAGGAGAGCCAGACACUUAUCCAUUGAUCAGGGUUAG